GAAAAAAAAAACUAAAUUUCAUUCCAUCUGCCCUUUCGGAGCGUGCGUUUUACUCCCGAAGGUGCACGAAAUUUCCGCCGUAAAUCCGUUCCGGAUCGCGUCGUACGUGCGUUCCACCGGUUGUUGUUUGCAUCCCGCGCGAGUGCUCCCCGUCCUUCAUCGGGAACCAAGUGUUGCGGCCCUCACGACGAUCCCACCGAGGAAUGAGCUCGUCGAAAACGGCGGCAGCUGCGGCGACGACGACGACCACAAUGACCAUCACGGCGGGCGGCCUGGCGGAAGCCAGCAGUAAAGUGUCCUUGGCUUCCAGCGACAGGCAGCAGAAGACCUACGGGAAGAUUGUGUUGACGUUGGAAAAUUGCCUCCUUCCGGAGGGUAAGCUGGAGCUGACUCCGUCGCAAUCGGACGGGCUGGACCGGGAGACGGAGGUCGAUUUGCGGAUUUUGGGCUGUGAGCUCAUCCAGACGGCCGGGAUUCUGCUCAAGUUGCCGCAGGUGGCGAUGGCAACCGGGCAGGUCCUGUUCCAGCGGUUCUUCUACUCGAAAUCGUUCGUGCGGCACAGCAUGGAAGCGACCGCGAUGAGUUGCGUGUGUUUGGCGUCGAAGAUCGAGGAAGCGCCCCGACGCAUCCGCGACGUCAUCAACGUGUUUCACCACAUCAAGCAGGUCCGCGGUCAGAAACCGCUGUUGCCGAUGAUCCUGGACCAGCACUACAUCAACCUCAAGUCGCAGGUCAUCAAGGCGGAGCGGCGCGUGCUGAAGGAGCUUGGUUUUUGCGUGCACGUCAAGCACCCGCACAAGCUGAUCGUGAUGUACUUGAAGUACCUGGAGCUGGAGAAGCACCAGAACAUGAUGCAGAUGGCGUGGAACUUUAUGAACGACUCGUUCCGGACGGACGUGUUUGUGCGCUACCAGCCGGAGACGAUCGCGUGCGCGUGCAUUUACCUGACCGCCCGCAAGCAGAACAUUCCGCUGCCCGCGAAUCCGGGCUGGUUUCUGAUCUUUCGCGUCAGCGAAGAGGACAUGCUGGACGUUUGCUACCGGAUCAUGUCGCUGUACAAGCGCUCGAAGCCGAACGCUGAAGCGCUGGACAGUGCGGUGGACGCACUCAAGAAAAGGUACCAAGAUCAGAAGAAAAAGGACCGCUCGGACGCGAGCACACCCCCGACGGUGGUCAUGGUCGAUCGGAACAACGGGUCACACAACGCCUGGGGCGGGUUCAUCUCGCGAGCCCUUCCGGUGUCGACGGGUAGCGGCGGGGACAACGACAGUGGCAACAACGGAAACAACAACGAUAAGGACGGCAAAAAAACGUCCCAGUCCAAGUCACGCUCGCGGACGCCACGCUCACACUCCAGAUCACGAACUCCCCGUUCCCGGUCCGCUUCCCGAUCGUCCCGGUCCAAGUCCGGUUCCCGCUCGCCAGCGUCCCGAUCACGGUCGCGAUCUUCAGACGCGGAAAACGCUGGCACGCGUAAAGGCAUCAAAAAGUCCCGACAUCGCUCGCGAACGCCCAUCUCCAAGUCGUCCGGAGCGAAGAAAAAGUCCAAACAGUACUCGCGCUCGCGAUCGGGAUCGCCCGAGUCGCCCAAGUACAAGAAGAGCUCCAGCGACAAAAAGUACGACCGGCGCCGGGACGAAAGCCGCGGGGACGCGCGGUACAUCAACGGUAGCGAGCGGGACAAGCGCGGCAGCCGGGAUCAUCGCGAGCGAAGCAGCCACCACAGUAAAUCCUCCGGCUACGAUCGGGACGACUACCGGAAGAGUUACCGCAGCAGCCACGGCAACGGAGACAAACGGGACAAGUAUGGAGGUGGCGGCGGCGGAAGUCAUCGGCAUCACGGCAGCAGCAGCCACCGAUCGUCCAAGCAUGGCGAUCGGGAUCGCGACCGGCGACGAUAAUCCGUCCCCCGUUCGUUUAGCAAAAUGCCAUUUUUAGACGUUUCUUUUUCAAAUAAUUUCUACUUUUUCUUUUUCGUUAAGUAAACCGUGACGGGGAGAAACCAGGAAAGUUAA